AUGGGACUGAAAAAAUUCUUCAAAUUGAAACCUCCUCCAGAAGAUACAAAGGAACAAAAUAGAGAAAACUUAAGUGAAUUGGGAUACACUGUAAAGAACCCAAAUAAAAAGAAACAUGAUAAAUUCAGUGCAUAUGGGAAUUUUGCAAGAGAUAGAAAUCAACAAAAGAUAUAUGCACCUCCUGGGUAUGAACCACAAUUCACUUCAGAUAAUGAGUACGGAUUACAACAAGAUCAAGGUGCUGAACCAUACGCACAAGAUGAUUUAAACAAAUCGACGGUCGACAAUAAUCAUCAUCAUGCAAGAGAUCCAUAUUCUUCCUCAUCUCCUUAUGCGUCUUCAUCGUCUCCGUCUACGGACCCUUAUUUAUCAUCUGCUUCAACAACUGCUGAUCCUUAUUCAGCAAGAAGUGAACCUGAAGCAUUCAAUUAUUCCGAUCCGAUAUGCUCAAUUCAAAUAAAAAAAUUAAAUGAAAGACAACAACAACAAAGAAAUGCACCUUCUCGUACAAUGCGUACUAGUAAUACUUACACAUCUUCAAUGGGGAGCUAUAACUAUAAUAAUAAUAAUAAUAAUAAUAAUUUAAAUACUCAUACUAAUCGAAAUUAUCCCAUGACAAACUCUUAUAACGGCUAUAAUCAAUCAAGAGAAACUUCCAUGGAUCCAUAUGCAAAUGUUCAUUCUUCUUCUUCUUCUUCUUUGCCAGAUAAUGAAUCAAUGGAUUUAAACGCUGUACCUUCAAAUAGAUCAAAUUUAAAUAGAACAAUAACAAACGCAUCUAUGGAUUUAAAUAAUCCUCCUAUAUCAUCAUCAUAUGAGCAUCCGCAAAAUAAACAACAACAACAACAACAUACAAGAACUAGGCCUUCAAAUGCAGCAGUCAAUAGAAGACAACAACAAAAUAAUAUAAUAUCUCCAUCUCCAUAUACAUCUGCGUCUCCAUCUCCAUAUGCAUCUAUGCCCGCAUCGACUUCAAAUUCAAAUAAUAAUAUUUCUAACUCCAAAAAUCCAUAUUCUUCAAUGAGUAAUAUUAAUAAUGAUCCAUAUAACGUAACAACCCGAAAUACUACUAUUACAUCCGCAUCGGCACCAUCUAUUACUAGACAAUCUUCAUCAAAUCCAUAUAAUAGACGUUCCAUCAAUAAUAAUAAUAACAAUACAUAUUCCAUACCGACAAACAACAAUAACACCUUGAAUGUAUCAGAAUUAGAUAACGAAUCAAUUGCCCAUGACAAUGAUGAUGAAUCUACAAUGAGAGCAGAAUUCGAAUUUGAACAAACUUUCGUACCACUAUCUCAACAACAACAACAAUCAGAAAAUGACAUAGAUUUAAACGCAACGAUACAGGAGGAACAACAAGAUGAUGGUUACAACCAAAACCAAUAUGAUUCAUACGAUUGGCAACAACAACAACAACAACAAUACAGAGGAUACAAAACAUUUGAAGAAUUACAAAAUGAAGAAGCCUUAAGAGAACAACAACAAGAAGAUGAAGAAGUUGAUGAAAUCAAACAACAAAUAAAAUUCACAAAGCAAAGUUCAGUAGCAUCCACUAAAAACACUUUAAAAAUGGCACAAGAUGCUGAAUUAGCAGGUAUGAACACAAUAGGAAUGUUAGGUCAUCAAAGUGAAAAAUUAAAUAACGUGGAAAGAAAUUUGGAUCUUUUAAAAGUACAAAACGUGGUAGCGGAUGAUAAAGUUAGUGAAUUACAAAAAUUAAAUAGAAGUAUACUUGCCGUUCAUGUAUCUAAUCCAUUUAAUUCCAAGAGAAGAGCUCGUGAAAGAGAGGCAAAAUUAAGAUCAAGGAAAGAACAAGAAAAAUUAAUGUUUGAAGAAACUAAUAAUAGGUUAUAUAAUUCUACUCAAAGGAUCGAAGGUGCGUUGAAUGGUCCUGAUAGAGAUGAUUUGAUGCAAAAUACUUCAAUGAUUCGUGAAAAAUAUAAGAAACAAAAUAUUUUGGAACAAGCUAAAAGGUAUCAAUUUGAAAAUGAUGAAGAAGAUGAUGAAAUGGAAUUUGAAAUUGAAAGAAACUUGGAUCAAAUUCAACAAAUUAGUGGGAGAUUGAAAAAAUUGGCUGUAGCAACGGGAGAAGAAUUGAAUUCUCAACAGGAAAGGUUGGGUAGAAUUGAAGAAGAUACUGAUAGAAUGGAUAUUAAGAUUCAUAUGAAUACAACGAAAUUGGCUGGUAUUAGAUAG